AUGUCUGUGGUGGCAACGUGUUUUGUCAUUCUGUCUCCAGCGUCGGCUCCUAAGUGUUACAACACCAGUGAUCCAGAGCUCAACUCAACAGCCUGGUUUGCUGAGAACAUCGGACUCUUCAUCACUUAUCUCACCUUGGAAGACCUCAACACCUUCGGAUCAGCGCAGGUGUUGCAGGUGUUCACAGUGAACCUGGUGAACAUAGGUCUACUGAACUCCACUAGCCUGCCCCAGAACCUCACUGACUACUACACAUCACUGGUCUACCUACAGGACAGCAACUUCAACCCUCUGUUCCUUCCUCUGUUGUUUCGAUGUGUGGCCCCAGGGCCAGCCUUCAGACAGCUGGACGCUGAGCAGAGCAUGAUCCUUCUACACAACCUGACUACACUGUGUAGAGACCUGGACCCACAGGUGUCUGCAGCUCUAGCAGCUAACAUGGGAGACAACAUAAACAGCAACACCAUCGCUGCCCUCGGCAGAGAGAGUACAGGUCUAUCUGAGGGUCAGAUCACCAUGGCACCCGCCAGCGUUCUGUGGGCUUCCUUCAGCAUUCUGAGCACUGUGAUUGGCUGGAACCAGGGCCAGGCCAUGGCCAUCAUCCAAUCACUGAUGCUGUCAGGAGCCGUGAAGAUCAACAGCGCAUCCACCUUGACAGCGCUGGGUUCCCUGGUGACCGGUGUUCCCUCGGCAACCUUAGGCAGCAUCAGCGGCACAGAACUCCUCUACGCGUCCCAGGAUGCCACAUUCAUAACAUACAUGCAGACCGCCCCGACGAUCUUAAUCCAGACUUUCGUCACUCAGUUGAUCACAGUGAACCCAAACCCAGACAGUAUUCUCCAGAACGUCCCAGACAGCAUGUCUACUGAGAUCCCCAGGUCCCUGCUGCAGGGCUUCUCUCAGAACAGUGUGGUGGUGGAGAAACUGAACCGGAAGACGUGGAGACACGAACAGGCUGUGUUGUUCUUUGACACAGUGGCUCUAGGAAUUGACAACUCCGACAAUAUGUCAUCCAGCGUGCUCCAGGGCUUCACCUGCACCAGAGUGGCCAGUAUGACCACAACCAAGAUCAAGAAACUGGUCAAGGCCUGCAGGAGGAAGGGCAAGAACAGGGUCGCACUGAGAGAGACUCAGUUGACCUGCAUGUACAACUACAUCAAGGAAGAGUCAAAUGUCACCAGCUACAACCUGUACCCUCCUGACAUGCUGCUUUACUACGACUACAGUAAGGUUCCUCAGGACACCUGUCAGGACUACUUCAGUGAGCUGGGAGACGCAGACUUCUCCGUGUUCUCCGACGCGCUCAGCUUCAAACGCACAGCCCUGGUUAACAAUGUCAAGACCUGCCUGGGUAUCAGCGGCACGGUUCUGAGCAGUGACAACCUGCAGGUCCUAGGUAACAUGGUGUGUGUUCUGGACGGUUCCUACAUCCAGAACUCUGACCAGCUCAUCCUGCAGAAACUACAAAACUGUAAUGACCUCACCGACGAACAGGUGGCUGCCAUAGAAACGCUGUUGACGUCUGGGAAAACACAGUACGGACUCCCAGCUACCUGGAACAGAGAGACCCUGGACAACCUGGGUGUUCUACCUCUCUACCUGACAUCCUCCUUCUACAAGAACUUCUCUAAGAAUGUAAAGGGCCAGUUCCUACAGUCAUUCCUGAAGGUGCUGAGGAAGAAUGGAACGUCCAGACAGAAGAAGAGGAGGAUGAAGACGGCUAUCAGACAGUCCAUCAUCGACCAAUCACAGUCCAAACGCUCCAUGGUCACGAUCAGUGAGAAUACGUUCCCCUUCAACUACGAGACCGUGACCAAGUUCAACUGCUGCCUGACGGCCAAGACAGUGGUUGACAACCUGGACGCCAUCACCGCCAAGGUGGACGACCUGGAAUACCUUGAAGUGGUCCUGGCGAGACUCAGAGAGGCCUACUCCGCAAACUCCACCAUCCCAGAAGCGAAGGUGCAGGUUCUUGGGCCGGCUUCGCGUUGCCACUAA